CGGACCGAGGCGGCCAUGGACCGGUUCGUGUGGACCAGCGGCCUCCUGGAGAUCAACGAGACCUUGGUGAUCCAGCAGCGCGGGGUGCGCAUCUACGACGGCGAGGAGAAGAUCAAAUUUGAUGCUGGAACCCUUCUUCUUAGUACACACAGGCUAAUUUGGAGAGAUCAGAAAAAUCAUGAGUGCUGUAUGGCCAUUCCUCUCUCCCAAAUUGUAUUCAUUGAGGAACAGGCAGCCGGAAUUGGGAAAAGUGCCAAAAUAGUGGUUCAUCUUCAUCCAGCUCCUCCUGGCAAAGAACCUGGUCCAUUCCAGAGUAGCAGGAACUCCUAUGUCAAACUCUCCUUCAAAGAACAUGGCCAGAUUGAGUUCUACAGGCGUUUAUCAGAGGAGAUGACCCAGAGAAGGUGGGAGAAUAUGCCGGUUUCCCAGUCACUACAAACAAGAGGAGGCUCCCAGCCAGGAAGAAUAAGGGCUGUAGGAAUUGUGGGUAUUGAAAGGAAACUGGAAGAAAAGAGGAAAGAAACCGACAAAAACAUUUCUGAGGCCUUUGAAGAUCUCAGCAAGUUAAUGGUCAAGGCUAAGGAAAUGGUGGAGUUAUCAAAAUCAAUUGCUAAUAAGAUUAAAGACAAACAAGGUGACAUCACAGAAGAUGAGACUAUCAGGUUCAAAUCCUAUUUGCUGAGCAUGGGCAUAGCGAACCCAGUGACCAGGGAGACCUACGGCUCGGGCACACAGUACCACAUGCAGCUGGCCAGGCAGCUGGUUGGCAUCCUGCAGGCGCCUUUGGAGGAGCGAGGGGGCAUAAUGUCACUCACCGAGGUGUACUGCUUAGUCAACCGCGCCCGAGGAAUGGAACUGCUCUCACCUGAAGACUUAGUGAAUGCGUGCAAGAUGCUGGACGCACUGAAGCUGCCCCUCAGGCUGCGGGUUUUCGAUAGUGGCGUCAUGGUAAUUGAGCUUCAGUCCCACAAGGAAGAGGAAAUGGUGGCCUCAGCCUUGGAGACGGUUUCAGAAAAAGGAUCACUAACCUCAGAAGAGUUUGCUAAGCUUGUAGGAAUGUCUGUCCUCCUUGCUAAAGAAAGGUUACUUCUUGCAGAGAAGAUGGGCCAUCUUUGCCGAGAUGAUUCUGUGGAAGGCUUGCGGUUUUAUCCAAAUUUAUUUAUGACACAGAGUUAAUGGUUUUGUAUUUGAAAUAUUUCUUGCCCAUCUACUUGUAUCAUGUAGAAGUUAGAUGACAUUGAGCUAAGAGUAAACCCUGAUGAACUGAGAAUUUAAUGGAACAUUGCACCAUUGCACUAUAAAACUUUUCAUUUCCCCCUAAAUAGGAAGCUUAUUAGGGACAAAUAUAGGAAAUUACAGAAAAGUGAAUGCCUAUGUGAAUUUUAAAUCACACUAGAGUUGAAUAAGAUCUUUAGGAGGUCAGCUUGAAAUAUGGAUUUUAAGUUAACCCCGAAAUCUGACCGUUUUGUACAGAAGGGGGGUAAGGAGAAAAAAAUGCAUGCUUUGACAGAUUCAAUCCUGAUUUUGGUGUGACUAAGAUUCAUUGAAUUAUAAAACUGUCUUCUGCAUGUAAUGUUUCCAUUUCAGAGGGUUUUCGUAAAGCAAGCAGUACCUGGAGUAGUAGUUUAAGAACAUUGAAACAGAACAUGGAACCUCUGUGCCUGGAGGUGCCUCCUGCAGGCCUGUGCGGUUAGUCAUCGGCAUGUCUACAACAGACCAAAUAAAGCACCUUAAAAAAAGUGUCUUAAAAAAAGGAAACAUU